UACUAUCCAAGGUACAUAGGAAAAUACAUGGCUCUCUUAGCACAUUGGCUAUCUUGUUAUCCUCUAAAAGGAAUAAGUUGGUCCAAAAUCAUCUACUUGUAGUUCCAACUUCCAAGCCUCCAUAAUUUGACCUGAGGAAGGAAAAAGCUUCGUCCUUUCGCAAACCCAGGGAAGGGGAAGGUGAAUAAGCUCUGCAAAAUCCCUCCCUUCCCUUCUUCUUCUUCUACAAGAUUUCACCAUUUCUCCAUCCUAAACCAUAACAACAGAGAUAUAGAGAAGAUGAAGCACUACAGUCACGGAAUUGAUGGUUUACGAAGCGGUCUUUCACCUUCCGCUAAACCUUUCGCAAUCGGUUCUUCUUCUUCUCCUGCCUUCUCUCUCAAAUCUGAACACGAAGAUUCUAUUUGGGGUGAUUAUACUUUAGACCUUUCCUUUUUAUCCUCUGAUGAUCAGAGAAGUGGUCUCGAUGAUGAUGAUUCGUUAUCUAACUUGUCUCGCGAUGUUGAGACUAAUAAAGAAGGAUUGGUUUUAGAGGAGAAGAUAGCUAGUUCUGGAAAGGUUUUGGUAAACCCUAAUCCAAGUUUCUCGAAAUUGCCUGAGGUAUUGAUGAAGUCCUCAGAUGUUGUUGGUGAUGCGAAGUUGGGUUUGUCCUGUGUCUCUGAGAAGUCUUCUACGGAGUCUGACCUAGAUGAGUCUGAGGAAGAUUCUCCUUGUUGGAAAGGAAUGCUUUCUCAUAAGAGUCUGGCUUCUGGUACUAAAUCUAUGACUUCCAGGCGUUCUACUGAUGAUCUUAGUGGGUUUCGUAAGUUGAAUCCUUUGGCACCUCAGUUUAUACCAUCUAGUUCUAAGAAGAAACUUGAAACGGAUGGGGAGAAAUGUGAAGAGACUAGUUCUUCGUCGUUGAAGAAGUCUUUGUCCUCGACUUUUCCGUCGUCGUCUGGAGAAUUUGAUUUAACUGACCCUCCUCUUGAAGAUGGAAGAAAUGAUGCAGCAGAAAAGACAAGCAUCUUGACCCACAAUGCAGAUGAAAUUCUCGGUUUUGUAACUAGUGAUAGUGUUUCCAAGACUGUGAGCAUGUUGGAUUCUAGAAAUGAAUUCCAACCAUCUAAAAGGUUGGAUCCUUUGGCCCCUGUCUUUGUUCCCUCUAGUGCAAAACUAGGUCCUUCUGUUCAUGAGAAGCUAGGAGAUUUUGUGGUAAAUGCAUAUUCAACUUCUGCUCUUGCUUCUUCACAUGUUAAGUCGCUAGAUAAGGGCAAGGUAGUGACAUCUUCUGGAGAAGUUGGCCACAGUUUUAAGAGUCAAUAUGGUGGUCAUGAUUUUGGUUCGACAUCUUCAUACGGUCCUUGGAUAGAAUCUGAGGUUGGGAUUACUGAGUAUGCAAAACUAGGAAGCAGCAACAAAUCUCAAGGUCAGCGGAGAUUGAAUCCAUUGGCCCGUCAGUUCUCUCUUGCAGAUGCUAAACAAAAGCCAUAUGGCUAUGGUAAAAACCAAGCUGCAGAUGAUUUAUCGCUAGUGGUGAAUACUAGCGGUUUAUACAUUCCAGCUCGUUAUAGGGAGGACCAUAAUGUAGUAGAUGCAGACUUAGCACAAUCCUCAGUAAAUGUGGAGCGUUUUCUUCCCAACAUGUCACAUGGCGGUUCUUCACUUAUAACUCCAAAGGCAGACAGUAACUUUGGGUCUACUAAGUGGAUUGCGGUGGAGCCAAACCCUACAUUUUCAGUAAAGGGUAAUAGAGAUUUUAAGCAUCAUCUUCCAUUUCAUGUUGUAGAAACUGCAGCGAGUUCAUCUACAAGCGAUAUGAAAGCUUUACCUGGCCCAUCUCCAAAAAUGGAUGUGAAGAAACUACUUACAACGAUGCAUGGGCUGUCAGAGUUACUAACACUUGCACAUGGUUCAGAAUCUUCAGAUUCACCGAAUGCGGAAGAGCUUGAUCUCAUUAACAGUACUGUACAGAAUCUCAAUUUGUACAUCCAAAACAACAGUCAGGAACAUGCUGGGAAUCAAAGCGUUGCACAAUACAAUUCAUAUGAUCUAAAGCUGUUACCUAACAAGAGUAAGGAUAAGUACUCUGUGGUUUCAAGGGAGACUGUCCCAGGUUCUCGUUCGUAUCAAUAUGGUGCAACCGAAGAUAACGGCUUUGGUCAGGUAUGUUUUUUUUCUCCAUACCUAUGCUGUGAUAAUUGGCGUUUAGUAGGAGGUAGACCGUCAGUUUGAUCAUGUGGGCAGGUUGUGCCUACAAAUGGUUACCAACAGCAUCAAGGUGUGGAGCAGAUUAACCAAAAUGCACUGUUCUAUAAAAGCUUAUGGCUGAAGGCUGAAGCAGACAGGUGUUUGAUGGUCUACGAGACUUCUCUUUCGAACCCAUAUCCUUGAAGAUAUUAGAAAGGUUGGCAUGUAAAAUAUCAAAGAACAGCCUCAAGAUCUCCAAUUUCUGGAUGGAGACUAGAUAAGGCAUACAAAUCAUUUUCCUAAGAAGUGGCUGACACAUGACUAAUUGUGCAGAAAGAUGAAGUUGGUACUCCUUUCUACAAGUUACCCUUUAUUUUACUUAUGGUCAUGUCGAUUCAAGAGAAUGAACACUGAUACUAUUUCUCAGAAUCACUACUGAAUAAAUUGGUCUUUUUUCUUAUCAGAACCUGGGAAAUGUUUGGACGUGGAGCCUAUUGAUUGCUGAAGAUUGUAAUGUUUUCUUGUUAUGGUCCUGACUCUUUGAUUAAGAGAUGUAUAAACAAACCACUGUUACUCUUUUGUUAACUACUACGUCAUCACACUUUUGUU